AUGCCUGAACACCAACGUCACCUAGAUACUGUCUAUGCGUAGACCCUCAUUGACAAUUAAAUAUAAAAUGAAAUAACCGCGAUAAUUUCAGCAGACUGAACACACAGAACGCACAUGAAGCGGCGAAGGGUGAACACAGCAGCAUAGGAUGUGGUUUUAAAGCGGGAGCCGCCAUGUUUUGUGGAGUUACUAUAUGAGACUUAAUGAGGACUUGUUGAGAAGAUGGUGCUGAGGAGCGGCGGUCGGAGCUGAGGGGAGCGGCGGUCGGAGCUGAGGGGAGCGGCGGUCGGUGCUGAGAGGAGCCGCGGUCGGUGCUGAAGAUGUGUGUAGGAUGCUCAGCAGCAGCCCCGUCAUCACCCCAUCGUAAAUAAAUGAGUCAACAUGGCCGCGGAGCUGCUCGCCCUGUAUCACCGCUGAGACACCGAAUAAAACAACACACAGAUUAAAUGGCGUUUAUGUCCCGGUUCUCCCGGUCCCGGAGCAGCUCCAGGUCGCCGAACCGAAAAGACUCGGAGCGCGUGUCCCCGACCCUGACCGUGUCCGAGCUGGAGAGACUCCUGUGCACGGGCAAAACGGCCUGUAACCAUGCCGACGAAGUGUGGCCACGACUCUACAUUGGAGAUCAAGAUAUCGCAUCAGACCGGCGCGAGCUGGCCAAACUCGGCAUUACACACAUCCUCAACUGUGCCCAGAGCAAGUGGCGCAGUGGAGCCGAGUAUUACUUCGGCAUGAACAUCACCUAUCACGGCAUCGAGGCGCACGACUCCCCCACCUUCGACAUGAGCGUCAACUUCUAUCCUGCUGCCGAGUUCAUCCACAAAGCCCUCACGGGUGGAGGUAAGGUGCUGGUCCACUGCACUGUGGGAGUGAGCCGCUCUGCCACUCUGGUGCUGGCCUACCUGAUGAUCAGACAGAACCUGACGCUGGUCGAGGCCAUCAAGACGGUGAAGGACCACCGGGGCGUCAUCCCCAACCGGGGUUUCCUCCGCCAGCUCAACGGCCUGGACGGCAUCCUGAGAGAAGUAGAGCGGGAGAAACUUGAGGUUUCUUGA